CCCCACCCCCUUCCCUUCCCCUCCCCUCCCCUCCCCUCGUUCGAGUGCCUCUGCCUGGGCUGGUGCCGUCUGAGAGGCAUGGGGGGUUAGAGCCGGCGACUACCUGUGUGGCCCCCGCAUGGAGGACAGCGCGCGGGGAUGCGUUUGACGCGAGGGACAUCUUCUCCGGGACACGGACGCCUGCCCAGCGGCUCAUCGGACAUGCCGACGUUCACCGGCGACGCACAGAGAAGGCAUCGCAUGUGCCGCCUCUCCGCCGCGAACAUGCCCGUGUAAGUAAGUCUCUGGCUCGCCACACUCGCCGGGAUUCCCCGCGAUUCCCCGCAAUACUUUCAACGAGAGACGAAAGGUGGGUGGGGGGGGGGAAGCAAAAGCCCCCCAAAAAACCCCCAACAACAACAACAACAACAACAAAUUCUGCAACAAUGGACAAUGAGAGUAUGGGCACUCGAUAUGAGCCCGUGGCCGAGAUCGGAGAAGGCGCGUAUGGGAAAGUGUACAAGGCGAGGGACCUGAAGAACGGGGGACGCUUCGUAGCCCUGAAAAGAGUUCGAGUCCAGACGGAGGAAGAGGGGAUGCCGCUCUCCACCAUCCGGGAGGUGGCGGUACUGAAGCAGCUUGAAGCCUUCGAGCACCCCAAUGUUGUCAGGUUGUUUGACGUGUGCACAGUCUCUCGAACUGACCGAGAAACCAAACUCACGCUGGUCUUUGAGCAUGUGGAUCAGGACCUGACCACCUACCUGGAGAAGGCCCCUGACCCCGGAGUACCACCUGAGACCAUCAAGGAUAUGAUGUACCAGCUGCUCCAGGGGCUGGACUUCCUGCACUCGCACCGCGUGGUCCACCGCGACCUGAAGCCCCAGAACAUCCUGGUCACCAGUGGAGGGCAGAUCAAACUGGCCGACUUCGGCCUAGCCCGCAUCUACAGCUUCCAGAUGGCACUCACCUCUGUGGUGGUGACCCUGUGGUACAGAGCUCCAGAAGUGCUGCUCCAGUCCAGUUAUGCCACACCAGUAGACCUGUGGAGUGUCGGCUGCAUCUUCGCUGAGAUGUUCAGGAGAAGACCGCUAUUUCGAGGAAACUCAGAUGUUGAUCAGCUGGGAAAGAUUUUCGAUGUUGUUGGGGUACCUUCAGCAGACGACUGGCCCCAGGAGGUGGCCCUGCCACAGAGUGCCUUCACCCCUCGGCCCCCUAAGCCAAUAGAAGACUUGGUUCCAGACAUGGACGAGCAAGGACGGGCCCUCUUAAUGCAAUUCCUUGCCUUCAACCCCUCCAGGAGGAUAUCUGCCUUCGCUGCGCUGAGCCACCCCUAUUUUCAAAGUGUGGACAGCCUUAGUCGAAGUGUGUACGCGGCCCAGCCCAUCCCAAGCAACAAGCCCACUAUGGAGGAGAGGACUGCUUGACAGUCCUCCCUCACCUGUAAUCAUCCUGUGCAGGUUCUAUAAAAAUGAUUCAGCUCACCGCUUCAUGUUUGACUGUGUUCACAAAGUUAAAUCACAGUGAGUUAAUUAGCAUUUUCUGACACUGAGCAGCAGAGAAAUUCUUAAAUGUCAAAGUGAAUGAAAUUUAAGUUCAAAUAUAAAACGCAAAGUGCCUGAUUACAUAAAUAUCCACUCUCUCUAGUCAGUGUAUUUAUCAGACCCUUGGCAACAAUCACAGUCUUGCAUCCGUGUUGUAUCUGCAUCAGCUGCACAAUUGAAGAGAGCAAAUUUUCUUGUUUGCAAAAGUGCUUCAGCUCUGUCAAGUUGCACAUCGAGUGUGAGACUGAACAGUAGCCUUAAAUUCUGCAUGAGAUUCCUCAUAAGAUUGUGAUUGUAUCAUAUUUUUGCCUAAGGACCGACCUUUCCCUGCUCCAAACUCACUGCCGUCACAUUUUACUCGUACCUUUCCAAUUAUUCUCCUUUUUAAGUAACCCUGUUAAUGAUCAUAUUGUAGUUUAUGCUGGCCCCUGCAGCAGAUGCAUUUAACAAAAACAAAAAAAAUCACAUUUUGAUUAUACCCAUGUGAUUUCAUCUAUUAUAUAACCUCAAGAGAUUUGUUUUCGCAAAGAAAAUACUGUUUUCUGAUAUUCAGUGUCAAAAAAAAGAAGCUUAAUCAACUGUGGUUCCAUGUUGUUUAUGAACUGAAAAGCAAAAACAUGAAAUAGACCAAGGGGGCAAAUACUUUUUAUAGUCCAUGUACAGCGCUCUGGGAACGUACUCCGAAAAAGAGUGUAUAGAGGUUGUCGAGAAAGACAACACCAACGCUCUCACCCCCUGAACAAUGCACAAAGCUAUCCUCCUUCCAUGAACUGAUGGAUUGUAAUUGCUGCUUUUAGUUGAUGUUGUCGAUGAUUGACUCGUGUUAACAAUGCAAAGAGACUUGCAUCUCAGACUGACGGGUAGUGGUGGACGGCCAACCUGUCGAGGCCUUGACGCAGAGGCCCUCUUUGUGACCAGUAUUCAGCCUUGCAAGAGCCCUCUCGACCUGGAGGCCCUGACCGGACGGUAGCCUGUGUGGACAGCAUGGAUCUCACCUUCGUUGACGCUCACUGUGGCCGGCGCUGCGAGCAGAUCUGCACACAGCAUUUGGUGUGUGCACUACCACUGACAUUCGCACACUCGUGUACAUUGCCGACCGAUGGAAACAUCCGGAGGCAUCGCAAGCCAACCACUCACUGCCAAGUCGUGACUUAUCAUUCCAGUUAUGUAUGUAUUAUAUCACUGCCACCUUGAGGAUGUCCUGAGUAACUGCAGACCAGUAGCGGGAUUCUAAUGGUUUCUGCACUCUUCAAGGGACUCGUCGUCAUAAUGGGUUGAUAUCGGUGCUGAGACAAUGAUGAAAGAACCUUAUAGAAAAGUUCCUGCCACUCACUUGGUGUUCAUGACUUGCUUUUAGUCUGCCAUCAUGGGCUUUUAUCAUUAUGAAUUACAAUUAUUAUUUACUAUUUGAAUGAUACAGUAAUGCACAGGCUUGCAAUAGGUGGAGAAAUUCCCACCAGCACUACUCAACAUGAAAACAUUUGGCAUACUAUUGCCGCCAAUAUUCUGUAUUUAAUUUUAAUUUUAUUGACAAGUCUUAUAUGCUUGUUUUCAAGUUGUAACUUGAUUUUUUUUUGAUGCUGGGGCAUACAUUUUUUUCUUACACCAAUUACACCAACUCUUUAGAUGAUUAUAGAAUUUGUGUAAGAAUAGUUUGACAAUGUAAGGAAUGUAUAAAUGAUAGGCAUUGGUACUGUACAGUAUGUAGUGCUAAGGACAAGCUGUAAUGAUAGAAAACGUUUGAUAGUACAUCGUCAAAGUGGAUAGACGUAGUGUAGCGAGGGUCAGUGGAAUGUCGUACGGCGAGAGUAUUUUUUCUAUUGAAAAUGUGGGGCGGGUUCUGUGGGUGCUUGUUGAAUUUCAUUUACUUUGGAUUGAGAGUGACUACCAAUUUUACAGUGGUUUUUAUAAUGAAAUAAUGCACAGAUAUUUUGUGUACAGUUUUUUUUUUUUUUUUGCUCUAUUUUAAAGUUUGUCCUGUUUUAUUCAAGUUCAGUUUUUAAACCAGCAAGGAAAAAGCAAGUUAUGCAGAGUUGUAUUUUUGUAUGUAGUAGUUUUUGCAGAACAGUAACAUAUUUUAACACUGGUUUAUGUUUUUUUCUUAACAAGUAGUGCUGCUAGCACACACAGACACACAGACAGACACACAGACAGACACACACACACACACACACACACAAACACACAGAGACAGACAGACACACACUCCUAACUUUCUCAGGUUCUUGUAAUGGACGUCCGAAUCUUCUGGGCACAGUUUGCACAUCCUUGGGCUACUAACUGACCACAUCACAACUCCUUCAGGUUUUCUUUCAAGCUGUUCCACGGUCAUGUCGUUGAUCGUAGUCUACUGUCAUUCCUGUUUAUCAAAUAUAUGUUACUGUAGUCAUUACUGUCUGAAGAUAACUGCCUGUAUGAACUGUUUUUGCCAGAAUCCUUUUAAUUAUUAGAUGGCGAACACGAUGUAGAUCCUUGUUUAACUGUCUGCUUGACUAAGCACUGUGUGAAUUUUCUAUUUGAUAAAGACUCAUAUCUGGUGUCAGUGGUGCAUUUAAUGCAAUGAAAGCUCCAAAUAACUUUAGGCGUAGAGGUUUACAAUUAGAAUAUAACAACUGCCAUAGUCUCGUUUCACUUGAUACAAUCACUGUAAGCUUUUCUCAUGAGUAAAUCAGUUUGUAUUACAUUACAGUCUAAUAACAUGAAACUGAAGUCCACUGUUGUUGAGCUUUGAGAACUUUCACUGUUUUGAAACCAACAUAGCUUGAUCCACCACAUGAUCUCACAUUACACACAUGUUCCUGUGUCACCUUUGUUUGUUUUAACAUAUUAAAUUGAGACUAGGAACACCACAAUCAUGGCAUUAUACUUAUGUAUAAAUGCAGGCAUUGGUGUCUUAUUAUUGUGUUGCACCAGUUGAAUAAAAAAAGCAGCUUUUUAUGAA